UGUUGGGAGACUCGUGUGGUGGACGAGGUGACCCGGAAAGCGCCCAGCCGUCUGCCCGCCUACCCGCGGGAGCCAUGGAGGAGCUGAGCGCGGUCGGGGAGCAGGUCUUCGCCGCAGAGUGUAUCUUGAGCAAGCGCCUCCGUAAGGGCACCGCCGAGUACCUGGUCAAGUGGAGAGGUUGGUCCUCCAAGCACAACAGCUGGGAGCCGGAAGAGAAUAUUUUGGAUCCAAGGCUUCUGUUGGCUUUCCAGAAGAGGGAACAGGAGAAGGAGCUCAGGAACCGGAAGAGAGGCAAAAGGCCGCGCGGGAGACCACGCAAAAAUGUGGAGUCAGAGGUUCCUCCAAAGGCGAAGUCUAGCAGCUCUUCUUCCUCCUCCUCCUCUUCAUCGUCAUCGUCGUCUUCGUCCUCCUCGUCAUCGGAUGAUGACAGCGAUGCGGAAACGCAGCGCGGUCCGCGGCCCAGGGAUUCACACCCGGUACCCCAGAAGAAGGCACAAGCCGUGGUGGCCAGGCCUGAGCUAAAGGAACAAGUGCGCAAGAAAAGAGGACGGAAACCACUGCCCCCUGAGCAGAAGGCACCCAGGAGGGCCAAAGGUUUGAAACCAGGGCCCAAAGGUGCCGCCGGCAAACAGCAAGGAAAUAGCACCCAAACUGCUCCCAAAUCGCUCUCCAAAGACGCCCCGGUUUCCAGCAACAACCGACCGGGUGGCCUCUCUGCGGAGCUCCUCUCCAGCAUUGCAAAGAACUCUCCCAGUCAGCCGAAUGGAAGCUCUCCCCGGAGCCUGAGUUGGCAAAGCUCCAUCGUCCAUUACAUGAACCGUAUAACCCAAAGCAGCUCGCAGCCCGGCAGGAAACCCGUCAGCUUCCCUUUCGGUGCCAAAAGGAGCUGUCCAGACCCAAAGAACACCUCCAAAGCAAGGCCGGAAACUGAGACCGGCCCGACUGCUGCAAAAAAUCCCAAAGUCCAAGACCAGGAGGAACAGACUCGUUCGAACGCAGGAAGCCUGUCUGUGCCGAGCGGCGGACCGGCCGGGAGAGAGAGUGCUGGCCAGACGGCGACCGCGCCAAACAAAGCUCAGGGCACGCAGAGUCCGACAAACUUUGGUGGGACCCCUUCAGGGCAUCACCCCGCGAAAAGCAGCAGCCCUCCUUCUGUAGGUGCGGCCGCCGGCUGCAAAGCAGAUAAAGUUACUCGGAAGUCGGGCGGUGUGGGCGCGGUGAGAUCAGCUGCCUCCGGGUCCCCGGGUCGGGUCCCUGCUGUGGAGAAAGCGCCGCAGGCGGAAGGACACAGGGAAUUAGCGGAGUUAAGCACGGGGGACGACAGCAGUCUGGAUUCAGACCAUGACUCCUCUCUCUCCAGCCAGGACAUGUCCCUCCAGGCUACCCAGGACUGGAAACCAGCCCGCAGCUUACUGGAGCACGUCUUUGUCACGGAUGUCACCGCCAACCUCAUCACGGUCACCGUCAAGGAGUCCCCCACCAGUGUUGGCUUCUUCAAUAUGAAGCAUUUGUGAAAGCUCUAAUAGAAGCGUGGGACCUGCACCCCAAAAACCUCAUCGGAGACCUCCCUAUACUGCGCCUACAACAUAAGGGGGCUCAGCGUUAAUACCCAACGUCCCCACAGGUAUAUUUCCAGGGGUCUCGUUAUAACCAACCUUCAUCUCAUCACUUUUGGAUUCCGCGAGGAAGCGUGUAAUCUGUUCAUGAAAACACGUAUUUACCUUUUUGAGUUGGAUGCUAACCGAGAUGCGUAUUAAUAAUUUUUUAAUUAACAUUCCUUGCUUCAUCUCACUUCGUGACGGAUCAUAACAAUGAUUUAAGUGUUACUGUUUAAAGACUUCUUUUUUUAUUUUCUUUUGCGACGGCUGCUUAUCCUGACGCUGAACGAUGUUACGCCUCGAGGUGUUCAGCCCCCCUUUAGUUUUGGGGCUCGUAUAGAAAUGUAAGGCAGCUAACAACAUAUGUUCAGGUUUACUGUUUAUUAAACAAAACUUACUGUUUAA